GGGAAAAAGAACAAGAUGACUUUGUUUUCUUCAAAUUUAUAUAAAUCAGAAAACUGCACGCUUGCUGUGUAUAAAAGUAAGCCUAACAUAAAAGUCCUCCUUCUAAGCACCAAACAUACAGGUGUACGAAUAGAUAAUUAUAAACGUAUUCCAGAAAUCAUUACUUUUUACAAUAAAACAAAGUUUGCGAUAAACGCGUGGAUAUUAUGUAAAGAGUGCACCAGAUCGAAAAUAUCCAGAAAGGAAUUCAUAUUUUGUUUAGCCGAGGAAUUAACUGGAGAAAACCAGGAGAAAAUUUGCCAAAGAUCAGACGCUUCAUUUCUGUCACCUUCAACGUCAGAAGUGCGAAAAAGUUGCCAAUAUUGUUAUUUUUUUAGUGAUAAUUUAAAAAAAGACUUUUUAUUUAUUAAUAAUUUAUUUAAAUGUGAAGCCUAAUAUUAUUCCUUUCGG